UACCUAUCGGUUCUUGUCCUAUCUGUUUCAUCAAGUCAAGUUCAAUUUUAUUCUCAUAGUUCAGUGCUGGAAUAUUGAGAUGUGUUUGAAAUGGAUAAAACUGGUUCUAUUCGAAAAAGACUGAUUAUCACGUAAUAUACAUUGUGAUAUAACAUGUGUUAUUAGGUUAUUAUAAUUGGUGUUGUAAAUGAUUGAUGUAACAAACCAGUGUUCAGCAAGAUGGACGAAUUGUCUAAGGGCAUGACACAAACAGGAAGCGCCGCUAUAACUGAAGAAAUUGAACAUAAUAAUGAUGGCGUAAAGCGUAGUCCACGGCUCGCACGCCAACUAUGCUAGCGUUGGUUGAUCAACUGCGGGCAUACUUUGGUGGAGGAUGCUCUCCAUGGCCAGUAGUGUAUGUGAGCGAGUCGUGCCUGGAGUGCGAGCGCGUGCGCGACGCGUGCGAGCGGCUGGGCCCGGUGCAGCCGGCGCCGGCGCCCGACGCGCUGCCGCAGCCGCCGCAGCCGCUCUCCUACUUCGUCACCAAACCCUUCGAGGGAGAACUCUUCGAUGCAGCACAUAGAGCCAAAUACAGGGUCCUGGGCCCGACCGCGGUGCUGCAGCUCGCAGAGCGCGAGGAGCCGCCGCCGUCCAACGCGCGUCCGCUCUACUCGCUCGCCAUGCGCGGCGCGGUCAUAUGCUUUUCCGGCUUCCGAAAAAAAGAUGAACUCACGUACCUGAUAACGCUUAUACACUAUAUGGGAGGGUCGAUCCGCAAAGACAUGUCGAGCAAAGUGACGCAUCUGAUCGCGGCGGCCGCCACGGGCGACAAGUACCGGUACGCGUCGGGCUUCGGGCUGCCCGUGCUGGCGCGCUCCUGGGUCGACGAGUGCUGGCGCCGGCGCGACGACCCUACCUGCCUUGCUACGCAUGACGCCGUUAUAAAUGAGCACAAAUUGAAAGUGUUCGCGGGCGCGCGCGUGUGCUUCGUGGGGUUCCCCGAGGACGAGACGCAGCACAUGGGCGACGUGCUCGCCAGCAACGGCGGCGCCGCCUGCCCGCUCGACGACCCCGACUGCACGCACGUCGUAAUGGCCAAUGGGGAGACUUUCGGUCGUUCGCUUAUCCUAUCACCCCAACCCAGUACUCCUAACAUUACCUCGAAGCCCUCUCGUGCAUCACUCAACUCUCAGAGUACUCCGAAGAGCUCAAUUUACCGUAGACUUUCGGCGCGGCUAUCGGGGCGGCGCGCCAGCGGCACGCCAACCAAGCCCGGCGCCGAGCCGUCCGACGAGGCUGAGCGCCGCCCGCAACUCGCGCGCGCACAGCUCCGAGCUGGCCGCGACUGUCCGGACUCCGACACUGCCGCUUACUCGACCAGACUCGAGUCAAGUCAAGUACACCCUGUUGCCGAUACUAACUCCGAUACCUCGCCACAUAUGCACAACAAAGAGAACAAGCAUGCGUCGCAAACGAUACAAGGCGCAGUCAGAUUGAACGCCAAAGAUAAGAGAGAGGUGUUUAGAAAUAAGUCAAUUAACAUGUUUAAUCUAGUAGAUUGCCUCACGGAGGCGGGGUCUCUACAUUCUUCUCUUACAAAGAGUUUAUGUGACUUAGAUUGUAAGGAAGAACCCACUUUUUUACUUCCUAUUUCUACAGGAAGCAAAGAGUUGCAGCAUUCGACAACUACAAUCAGUUCUGGGAAAAAGAGAAGUCGAAAUUCCACAGAUUCCAGUUUUCAAGUGAGCCCCGUCGACGCCAACCUUUCUCCGGAUAAGUGCGAAGAUAGCCAUUGGAAAUCUAUUAAGAGGCUUAAAAUAAAAGAUUCAUUUAAGUUUAAAAAUCGACCUACAAUUUUCAAACGUACAAAAAAAGAUUCAGUAUCCAAAACGACAGGCGACAUUAGUAUAGAACCAGUAAGUCCGGAUAGUGUAAAACCAACUGACCCUGCAGGCGAAUUCAUUGCGUCCACUUCAUCACCCAGCAGAGAGGAUGAUAACACGUCCAUCUGCUCUAUAAACACUAGUAAGCAAUCCGGCUUCUUUGAUAUUUCGUUCGCAUCAAUACGCAGUUCAAAAACAGUUAAAUCAGCAUCAAAGUUACGGAGGAGCGUCAAGUCAUUCACUGCAUCCUUUAGAAGUGAGAGAAAAAAGAAAUACGAGAAAAGGCCUGAACGACAUACUGUAGAAGUAAGCGCUUGCGACCUCGUAAAUUAUGUAUCGACACCAAAUAAAGAUAUCGACGAUAUGAACUUAGAUAUAUCUCCUGUCCAAGUAGACACAAUAGAUAGCACGGACAUGACAAACCACGUAAAAAACGACGUAGAUGUCGACGAACUAGACGAAUCAGUGACAUUUAAAACGCCACAGAGCGUAGGGCUGCGCGCACAUAGGCACUCCAUCUGUGGCGCACCCGAACUGCGCCCCGCGAGCGUCUCCUCCCAUGCCUCCUCCAGCUCCGGUCCUGCGCCCUUACCGGUUCCUGUUUCCGCUCCUCUUACUUCUCGACCCCUCCACGACCAGCUGCCGCUCGCCUCGACGCCUCCCAUCCGUGACGUCCGCGCCAUAUCGCAAUGCCAUGGAAUAUCGUUGCCGGUGGUCGAUGAACACAACACAGCUGUCGCGCCGGAAUGUUCGCCGCGCGUGCACGUUGUCAAAGCCGAAUGGUUCUGGGCUUCAGUACAGAAUGAAGAAGCGCAGGAUGAAAGGGAUUACCUUUUUAAAGAUUACCUGGACGAAGUGUCUCGGAGGUCGUCUGUGGGUGGCGUGGGCGGCGCGAGCGGCGGCGCGGGCGGCGGCGGUGCGGACGAGGUGGGCGUCGCGGCGGGCGCGGCGGGCAGCACGCCGGCGCACCUGCAUCGCCAGCGCAAGCGCAAGCUGCGCGGCGGGGAUGCCGCGCUGCAGAAGCGACGCUCGUCGCUCAGCGACACGGUGCUUAGCCUUUCCGGCAACAUGCUGCUCGACUACACGCCCUCACCCGACAGCAAACAGUUGCUAGAAGAAUCUGAAGUGCCUGACAAUGUAGUUCGGAAACUAAUGUCCCCUAGGCAACAAGUGUUUAUGGAACUUCUUCAAACAGAAUCCAAUUAUGUUGGGAUUUUGCAUACAAUUGUAACUAUGUUUAAGCAACCUUUGGAGGACAUGGCUGAAGAGGACAAUAGCAAUGGCAAAAUGGCAUUGCUUAACAAUACAGAACUAAAAAUUAUAUUUGGAAAUUUACCACCCAUAUAUGAACUCCACCAGGGAAUGCUGGAGGAGCUGCGCUACACGCAGGCGCACUGGAGCGAGGAGGUGAGCAUCGGCCGCCUCAUGCUCAAGUACACGCCGGACAUGGUCAAGGCGUACCCGCCCUUCGUCAACUUCUUCGAGAACACCAAGGAAAUGCUGCAACAGUGCGACCGUGAGAACCCUAGAUUUCAUGCAUUCUUGAAAAUUUGUCAGACCAAACCAGAGUGUGGCAGGCAAAGUUUACAAGAACUUUUAAUAAGACCAGUUCAGCGAUUACCCAGUAUUAGAUUACUACUUGACGAUAUCCUUAAACACACGCACAAGAACAACCCGGACCACGGCGCGCUGGUGGCGGCGCUCGCGGGGCUGCGGGAGGUCAUGUCGCACAUCAACGAGGACAAGCGCAAGACGGAGGGCCAGCUGCAGAUGUUCGACAUCUACAACGACAUUGACCAGUGUCCGGCGCAUUUGGUAUCAUCGCAUCGAUCGUUCAUAGCUCGCUGCGAAGUAGUCGAACUAUCGAAAGAGCUUUCCGGUCGAGGUGAUCAUCUCGUACUGUUCCUAUUUACUGACACGAUGGAAGUUUGCAAGAAACGAUCAAAAGCCUUCAACAGUAAGAGUCCGACGAACGGUACGAGUACGAUGCGAAUAGGCUCGAGCAAGCCGUACAGGCACAUCUCCCUUAUGCCGCUGAGCACCGUAAAGCGCGUCGUCGACAUUCGGGAGGCAGAAGAUUGUCACAAUGUGUUCGCGCUGAUGUGCCGGAGCAACCAGGAGCUGAAGGAGAAGCUGUACUCGUUCAUGAUCACAGACGACGCGGUUGACAAGUCGCACUUCCUGCGCCAAUUGUGCCGGCAGAUGGCUAAUACUGUCUGCAAAGCUGACGCUGACAAGUUCCUGGCGACGCUGGAGUCGCAUCAGCUCGACAUCGACACCAGUGACCUGGCCCUCAGCACGCUUUCCAAAGUCACCAAAUUCGCCGCCCGCACCAGGAUAAAGCUGGAGACGCUGGCCGGGCUGGGCGGCUGGCUGCGCGAGCCGGGCGGGCCGGGCGGGCUGCUAGACACAUGGGUAUUGCGCGCUCACUUACUCGCACAGGUGGGCCGCGCGUUGUCAUUCAACAAGACGCCGUCGAAGUUGAAGCGCGCCAUGUCGUCCAUGAUCUCGCCCUUCGGCUCGCAGGCCAACCUCACACCCGCCUCGCAGCUCGCGCAGAUGCGCCUCGCGAGCUGCAAUAACAUCAACGAGAUGGGCACGGGCAGCGGCGCAGGCGGCGGCGGGGAGGGCGGCGGCGAGGUGCUGGUGGCGCCGCUCUCGGUGCAGCCGACGCGGAAGGCAGCGGCCGGCGCGGCGGCCGCGCUGCGUCGCUUCUGACGGCGCACCUCGCGCCGUGCCUGACUCGCGCCUCGCGCCCGACCCGCUUCCGGCUCCGGCUUCUAAAUGUUGUUGAACUCGCCGCCCGUACGGCAAGCACCCACCCACCUGCACGCGGUUCACACGUCAUAAUGCUGACGGUGGGCGAGGCGAGAACUAAAUACGCCACGCCAGAACAUUACGAAAUUUAUCUGCCAUAUUAUAAGAUAAUUUGGUAUACAUACGUGCAGCUAAAUCAUAUGACAAUUUUUACUGUUAACUAUGAAACACUACUUACUGUCACUAUGUGUCAUGUUUUUUUAUCAGGAGAUUAAAUCGGUGAAUUGCUGAUCAACUCUUCAAAUUGAUAAAGUAACGCAUCUCUGCCGUCUUCGUUUUAUAAGACCUGCUUACUCUAUGGAUCGGCUUCAUAGUGUUAACGAACUUAUGUAGCGUUAGUCGCUUGAUGUCCAACAUGUUACCUUGCGUCUUGUGCCAAAUUCACACUAAUGUUUAUUUAGAAGUGAGUUGUUAAGAAAAUAUUUAUUUACUAUUUUGGCAAUAAAAAAACUGCGGUGUUGCUUUAGAAGCUUAUUACCAGUGCUAAAAUUAAAUUGAGGCAAUAACGUCUCAAUUCAAUGGAGAUAAUAAUAAUGUAGGAUGUGAGGCGUUUUGUUAGUGUGUGGCACAAGUGCUAGGUGCUCGCGUCGGAAUCAGUGACAUAUCGGAACCUAAAAUGUAGUUCGUGAUUUUAAUCAUAUUUCGAAUUUUAACAAAAUUUUCAUUUUAAUCGUUGAUUUUCAAUGUUAAAAAGUCCAGUGCUAUUUGAAAUAAUGUAAAGGAACAGCAGGGAUGUGGCAAUGAAAAUGUUUAAUAAUAUUUAUAGAUCGGACGAGACUAUGAAAGAGUGCUUGGAGUGCCUUUGUAAUGUAAUAUGAGCGAAUUGAAAUGAUAGCGCGGGUUUUAUAUAGCAGAGUAUUUGGUAGUAUUACUGUAUAACUUGUCACAAAGUGCGGCCUGUAUAGAAAUCGAAUACUAGAAGUAGUUGAAUCGAAAAGUAUUUUUGUUAUAUUAUAACCAGUCGGGUUGGCUAUUUGCACUCGCCUGGUGCUCUUAUUUAUUGCAGGUAUACAAUACUGAUUGGGGUCAGUUUAGUUCUGAGUGAACAAAUCGAAUAUUUUACUUCGUAUUCGUUUUCGGAGGUUUAGUUUGUUCAAAAUAAUUUGUACAUAUCGUGAUAUUUUUAAUAUUAUCGUGAAAUAGGCAUUUGAUUUUAAGUAGUAAUAAUAUAUAAUAUGAUAUUAGUCAGCAAAAAUAGGUCGGCAGCGGUCGCCCCCUCGCGGCGGCGGCACGCCCGAGCCCGACCGCCACGAGCCUCCUUCUUUACCUACUAUUUCAUCUAAGUACCUACCUACUACUUAUUAUCUUAAGUUUUAUGAAGAGUCUCACUAAGGCUAUCAUCUUAUCAACAGUGUGUGUACGGCGUAAUAGAUUGUACAAAGAUCUAUAUUUAUAAUUAUAUUUAAAUGAUUGAUAAAAUAAACAUUUAUUUUCAGUGAAAA